CGCUCCCCUUUUUAAUUCCCACCAGCGUAUUUGUACUGUACUUCGAACACUGAGUUGGAUUUUUGUUCCAAAGGAUGGUCAGUCAGCACCAGUGUCUUUGGGAGGACUCGGGUUUUUCUCUGCCAACCUUUUAGUCGCCGAAAGUGAAACUAGUCCACAUCUUUUUUUCUUCUUCUUUUUCUCCAUCACCUCCUCCCUCCUUCACUGUCUCUCCAGUGUUACGCGGCCACUGUGCGCGGAUGGAUGUGACGCGCUGCUGAAUAGAUGCCCGCUGCUGAAACUGUGCGAUCUGCGUGCGAGACCUUCAGUAUCUGCUGGAGCAGCUGGGAGAAGUUGGACUGCGCAUCGUCUUGUGUGGAAUGGGUGAUGGAAUGUGCUACAGCUCUGCAAUGAGGAGUCUGUGGGUCUUUGUCUUGCUUGCGAGCAUCACCUGCCGUCUGAGCCUCUCGCAGGAUGUAACUGGAACUCCCACAGAGGCAGAAUUAAACGACAACAUCACCAUCUUCACCCGCAUUCUGGACGGACUGCUGGAUGGUUAUGACAACAGACUCCGCCCUGGACUGGGAGAAAAGGUGACGGAGAUCAAAACCAACAUCUUUGUUACAAGUUUCGGUCCAGUGUCUGACACUGAAAUGGAAUACACUAUUGACGUAUUUUUCCGCCAAAGCUGGAAGGAUGAGAGACUAUGUUUUAAAGGCCCGAUGGAGAGGCUUUCCCUGAAUAAUCUCCUGGCCAGUAACAUCUGGACCCCCGACACCUUCUUCCUCAAUGGCAAGAAAUCCAUCGCCCAUAACAUGACGACACCCAACAAACUGCUGCGGCUCCAAGAUGACGGAACACUCCUCUACACCAUGAGACUGACGAUAUCAGCAGAAUGCCCCAUGCAGCUGGAGGACUUCCCAAUGGACGCCCAUGCUUGUCCCCUUAAAUUUGGAAGCUAUGCUUAUCCAGUGUCAGAGGUGGUCUACACGUGGACACAGGGAGCAGCCAAAUCUGUGGUGGUGGCCGAGGAAGGGUCUCGGCUCAAUCAGUACCAUCUGAUUGGUCAGACUGCAGGGACGGAGGACAUCUACACCAGCAGAGGUCAAUACACCGUGAUGAUGGCUCACUUUUACCUGAAGAGGAAGAUCGGUUACUUUGUCAUCCAGACCUACAUGCCUUGCUUCAUGACCGUCAUCCUGUCCCAGGUUUCCUUUUGGCUCAACAGGGAGUCUGUUCCAGCACGGACUGUCUUUGGUGUGACCACAGUGCUCACUAUGACAACUCUCAGCAUCAGUGCUCGAAACUCGCUGCCUAAAGUGGCUUAUGCUACAGCCAUGGACUGGUUCAUCGCUGUCUGCUAUGCCUUUGUCUUCUCUGCACUCAUUGAAUUUGCAACAGUCAACUAUUUCACCAAGAGGAGCUGGGCCUGGGAUGGAAAAAAGGCAAUGGAAGCCCAACAACCCAAGAAAAAAGACCCUUUGGCUCUGUCUAAAAAGCCAAACAACACAUGCUCAGCCGGUGUGAAUUAUACCACCAACCUUACAAAGGACACAUCUAUCUCCACCAUUUCAAAUAGUACAGCUGUUCAGCUCAAACCCUCUGAAACCAAGGCCCCAGACCCCAAAAAGACUUACAACAGCGUGAGCAAGAUUGACAAGAUGUCCAGGAUAGUAUUUCCAGUCCUGUUUGGGACUUUCAACCUGGUGUACUGGGCCACUUACCUUAAUAGAGAACCAGUAAUCAAAGGGGCUAUGUAAGCUCUGCGAUGCCAGGCACUUAGUCCUUGUAUCAUAGAUGUGUUUUCUUAGGUCAUUGGGUUACAUGGCAUGUCUGUUGCUUCAGGAAGAUGUUGCCAUGUUUGCCUUAGAAUUGUACAGAUAGGAUACACAACAUUUCCUCACAAUUUUUUGUUAAUCUCAUUUUAGACCACAGUCACAGAUUUAGGUUCUGUCAAAUUCAGAUACAUUUUUAAGUUAAGCAUUUGGCAUAAUAUUUUUUCCUUGAGUCUACAGUAGAUGAUGGUAAACAAGGCCAAAUGCUAUGCAAAAACAAUAUUUGUACUGUUACUCAAAACUGGCUUUUAUCUUUGUAACUCUUACUUUGUUACUAAUGGGCUGGAGGUCCAGGAAUGCAAGGCUGGGCCCAGGCACAUGGAACUUUGCUUCCUUGUUAAAAGCAGUUGAAUAGCCAUGCUAAAUGUGUUGCCUUCAGAGUGUGAUAACUAAUUAUGAAUGCACUGAAAUCUCCUGCAAUUCAUUUUCAGAAGUUUUAAACUUUCAUUAUAUUUGCCAUGAUAAAGUACAAAUGCUUUUUGCUCACCUUUUGCUACUUCUCUGAAUCUAGAAUGGCUAGUUUUCAAUUAAUAUUGUUUUUCUGUUUAUUGUAGAGAUGGCCAGACUUCAAGCUAAAGGGAUAAUGGCAGCUUAUGUUUCUAUGUUAAGAAUGUAUGUACGUUUGGUUGUAGUUGAAGAAACAUGUACUUGUAUAUAUGCCCUGCUUUUAGAAAAGCACCACUAAGCCAGUAAAGUUAGAUUCAAUGUUAUGCGUAUACAGCAACCCAGUUUUACUCUAGUCUAGUGCGUCAUUGACUGGAUGUUGAUAAAAAAGAGCAGACUAGCUUAAGCUUUAGCAACUUUGAAAGGAUAUAUGAUGCUUUUUAAAACAUUUUAUUUUAUAGAUAAGUUUGUUUCUAUGAGCUUUUAUGACAACUUGCAAAUAUACUUGAUACACAAUGUUUCUGUCAUAAUGAACUUAUGUGGUUAAGAGAUUGACCUGAGCUGAACAGGUUAUCAGUCUUAUCACAGACAAAAAGUCACAAUGACUGAAUUUAAAUGUUUAUCAUUUCAAACAAUGUUAAGGUUGCUAAAUUUAGGGUUUCAGGCUAAAGUGUAAGAUCAAAUAUUGAUUAUCAAUUUAUCAAUGAAGACCACUUUUUUAAAAGAUUAGAUUGACACUUGGAGAAAUGCGCUUAUUCAGUUCUUUCCAGGAGUGAGAGGAGAAUAUUGAAACCACUCAUAUGUCUGUGCUGUAAAUCUGAAGCCAUGGGUAGUAGCUGGUUAGCUUAGCUGAGCAUUAAGACUUGAAUAAAGGUUAGUCCAUUGAAGGAGCCAAUUUUCUAAAUAUGCAUAUUCUUUAUUUCCUGAGAGAUAAAUAAGAAGAACGAUAGAAUCAUGUUGAUGAACAAUAAAUAUAACAAUGCUCAGCUUAUCAUGAAGAAAAGAGGGAGUGGCCAUCUCAGACAAAAAGACUUGCACCACUGCUCAACAUUUAACGCUAACAUAGCAUUAGCUUGAAUGCUAUCAAACAGUUAUACUAUAUUUUGAACUUGUAUUAAACUAAGAAAAAACUGCCGGUAACAAACACAACUUGUUUUUUAUUUUAUUUCAGUUAUUGUUUCAAUUUAGGUCAGAAUAAGUUCUGUUAUUAUUGACUUUUACCUUGGAGAGACGGUUUCCUCCAUCUUAAAUUCUUCAUGCUGAGAUAAGACAACUGCUUUUAGCCCCUAGCUUUAGUGCACAGAUGUGAGAGUGGUUAGUAUGACUUUGCUUGAAACAAAUUGAAACUCGUUAAGUCAAGCCUUUUGCAUGAUUGUCAGAGCGAUGACUGCAUGCACAACUUACACCUGGGCAGAGUUAGCUUCGCUGUCUUCAUAGUUCUCCGAGAUUGACAUUUCAAAUCUCUUGUCUGUGUGGCUCUAUGAACAACUGACAUAUGAGCAUGAUCUACUCAUGUGACUUUAUGCCUUCUGUGUGGCCUGCCACAAUUCAAUACAUCUAUGGUGCACACCAGUUGUAUUAUAUUAUGAUUAUUACAUUUAAGGGAAUUUUAGUUUGAGGCUGUUCUUUAAAUGCAAAUUUCUCAAGCAAUAAAUAAUGCUCAUAUGAAUAAUGACUUUUUUUGAGGUAAUAUGUUCUCAUUUGACCUUCCUUUUAUUGAUGUCUUUUUCCAGAUUUGAUCCUUUUGGCAAUAGUCUUUUUCUAUCUAUGGUAACACUCUGAUUCAAUUGAGCCCUUCCCUCUUUGGAAGCACAGUUCUCUUUGACCAUAUUCUUUGUUUUUUUUAAAUGUAUCUCAUCUUAUUUAAAUUGUGUCUUUUUAUGUAAAAAGCCGUGCUGACAAAUGGGUUUGAUUGAAACCUUAACGCCUGUUUCUUUCUGAAUUGUUAUGCAUACCGGAUUCCAAAUAAAGCUUUUGAUGACUCCGU